AUGAAUUCCAGUAGAUUCGCUGUACGUGCAACCUUCACUGUCGUUCAGGAGAAGUCGCUUGCCUCGCAGGCAUGUCUGGCGGAGUGGAGUGGCGACAAGGAUCUGUUGGCCCUCGUGUGUCGCGAUCAGCAUCUCCUCGUCUUCCGCCUCAACUGGCAGCGCCUCUGGGCCGCCAUUGCUGAGGUGCCUGUGACUGCGCUGACGUGGCGGCCAGAUGGGCGGGCCAUUCUGACAGGGCAUACAGAUGGCAGCAUUGUGUACCGCCACGUGGAGGGCGGAGACAUCAUUCACCAGGUCUCCUCCUUCCACUCCGCCCCUCUCUCUGCCCUCUCUUGGUCCUCCCUGCACCUCUCCCCCUCCUCCGCCACUGCUCCUCCCAAUGCUAGUCCUGCUGCCACCGCCACUGCCAUCAGCACUUCCCCUCCUCUCUCCCUGUCCUCCCUCCUCACCAACCUCCCCUCCCUCUCCCCCCUCUCCUCCUCCUCCUCUACCGCCAAGCUCCCUCCCUUCGCCCCCUCCCCGCCCUUCCCCCACGGCCCAUACCACGACCUCACUCAUACCUACCUUCCCCGUACCCCGCCUGCCUCUUCCAUCCCCUCCUCCGCCUCCCUCACUGGAGCCGCGGCGUUGCUGACACCUGAUCUGGCCCACCUCAUUGUCGUUACUGCCAGCAGCAGCAGCAGCAGCAGCAGCACCCGGGAUGGGAAGCAAGGGCAACAGGCAAGACAGGAGCAGGGCAGAGCUGGCUGUGAUCUGGCACUAUAUGACACGGCCAUGAUGAGAGACAGCCCCUGGGAAGUGUUGGCAGUGGCAACGCACGGGGCGGCGCUGACAGGGCUCAUGGAGUCUGUUUCAGCAACUGUGGCUGCGAUGCACGGCCAAUGGGAGGCCGCCAGCUGUCAGUGGCGGGAGAAGGUGCAGGGGCUGCAGCGACUGCUGGAGGAGAAUGGUUGCCCCUCGGACCCGCGCUCAGAGCUCCUAUACAUGCUCGCGACAGGGACUGCCAGCACAGACUUGAACAGCUUCUUCUCAGAUACUCUCGCAGGCGAAGCAGGAGUGAAGCGGCUGGCGAGAACGAUAGAGACAGCGGGGAACGCGCUGCAUGCUCUGCUCACGCUGCACCUGAUGCCCGCUCUGGAAGAGGCCCUCUUCCGCCUCUCCUCACUGCACUCCCUCGCGGCUACAGCUGCUGCUGCUGCUGUUGCUACAGCUGCCACUGCUGGCACUCCAGGAACAGUCAGCCCGUUUGAGGCUCUGGGACUUACACACUGCAUGGGCAAUGGUGGCAGUGCUGGUGGCGCAGGGGUUACUACAGGUGCAAGUGGUGGUGAGGGUGCUGGUGGCGGUGGUGCUAGUGGCAGUGCAGGUGGCAGCGCUGGCGUGGGUGCAGGUGGGCUGUUACAGAAGGCAAUGGAGGAGGUGCAGGUGGCGAUGGUGUGGAGUGAGCGGGUGGUGCGGCUGCUGGCGGUGGUGCUGCCGCAGUUUGCGGCCUUCUUUGUGUGGCUGCUGCGCUGCAUCCGGGCAGCGAACGAGGAUGAGGACGAGGACGUGCGGCCAGGCGGCACUGCUGCCAGCAGCAGCAGCCAGGCGCUGCUGGUGAACACUCGAAGAAGUGCUCUCGUCUCUCUUCCGAUCUUCCUCCCCUCUCCCGGGCUCCCGCAGAGCAGAGCAGGAGUGGCCGAAUCGCCUUUUUCUCCCCCUCUCCCCCUCUCCCUCUCUCCCUUUAUUUCCCCCGCGUCCCCCACAGAGCAGGGCAGUGGUGGCGCACUUGUGAGUCAACUCAAAAGUCCUUUCCCCCUCCACUCUCCUCCUCUCUUCCCCCCCAUCUCCCACAGAAGCAGGGCAGUGGUGGCGGAUUUUCUGCACCAGCACUUUAAUAGCGACCCCAUGAAGGCGCACCUGGAUCCACGUGUCCCAGAUGCCACCUCCCCAGGCGCCAGGGUGCCGCCUCCACCCAUGUUUGCUGGCAUCACGAGUGGCACCCACGAGGAUGGGGACGUGCUUCUAAGGGAGGUCGUCUGCGACCUAGCUGGAAUCACCAACCCAGCAGCCGUGCACCCCCAGGGAGGGAAUACUCUUCGCAAACAGCUGGACCGAGUGCGAGAGAGUUGUGAGGCGGUGCUAUCAGCCACAGCAGCCAGCUUCACUGCUCAUGCCGUGCGUGCCCUGCCUCUGCCUGCUGUGCCGACCACACCUCUUCUGACUUCGAGCCAAAUACUCGCCGCCCAGCAGAUUUCCGCCCAACAGAGAACACCUGCUCAAGCACAAGCUAAAGACACAGCGGCAGCCGCCACGCCUGUUCGGGCGCCCAUCAGCAUCUGCUUCCCACAACCUUACACACCUGUCAACUCAGCUGCAACCGGCAUAGCCACCAGCACCGCCACCACCAUUUUCCCCGCGGCCAAAUGCCUCCUCGCGGUUCCUCUCCUUCCGUCCUCCACCCCUGCUGCUGGGAGCAGCAGCAGCAGCAGCAGCAGCAGCAGCAGCCAAGUGUUGGUGCUUCGAAUGCCGUUGUCCGCUGCAAAUCACCCUGCACCUUCACUAGCAGGAGCAGCAGCAGCAACAGCAGCAGCGGGAGCAGGAGGGGUCGAGGCAGCGGUGGUGGAUGUGGGGGAUGGCAUGGUGGUCACAGACAUUGCAAUGUAUAAGUCCUCCUCGGCUAUAUCUGGGGAGGAGUUCACCUCGGCAAUAUCUGGGGAGGAGUUCACCUCGGCAAUAUCUGAGGAGGAGUCCUUCUCGGCAAUAUCUGGGGAUGUGCUCGACGCGUCCCGUUUUGACGCGACUCGGAGAAAGAUAUCCACUUCGUUGGAAUCUAGGGAAGAAGUCAGCGCGGUUCUGUCGGCGAAGGGCGGCACGGAGGGGGAGGAUGCCGCGGAGAGAAAUUCGGUUUUCAUUGGCCGUCAGCGAAUUUGGCGUGGCCUGGCGGGACUGCCGCAGCAGACCAGAGGAGCGACAGUCUCGAGAGGGGGACUGUGGAUCUCGAGAGCUGCCGAUGACAGGCGACUCAGGAACGACGAUGAUGGGAGCAAGGAUCGGACAUUGCAGCAGAAUUUGAAUCGGCAGAUUGCACAGCAGCAGCAGCAGCAGCAGCAGCAGCAGCAGCAGCAGCAGCAGCAGCAGCAGCAGCAUCGGGAGGGGCUUGUGCACAUGCCACGUCAGCAACAUCGGAGACGUCUUCUUUCAUAUGAUAUGAUGCUCGAGGGGCAUAUGCACAGGCGGAGACGGUUGAUCCGCGGCAAGAAGGAGUGCUGGAGCAAGCACGAGCGACACCAGUACUGGCAGGCAGGAGCGCACGUGGAGCCAUCAGCCGCGUUUGUGAGGCAGAAGACGGAGUACGAGCGCAUGCACCAGCGGUGCACGGAAGGCAUCACUGACUGGAAGGUCUUCUAUUUCAACCAGUCCGAGGGUCUGUCACCAGCAGCGGACGUGGAAGGGUGCAAGUACGCAUUUCUGAUACCUGGCCAGUGGCACGGUCUAGGCAACCGCAUCAUGUCGCUGGUCUCCACCUUCACAUACGCCUUCAUCACGCACCGAGCCAUACUCAUGCCAGACGAUGGCCUCAUGCCCUCCCUCCUGUGCAACCCCUUCGCGCACUCCUCCUGGCUCAUCCCGUCCUCGCACUUCUGGGCGCCUCAAUCACUUCUGUCUGCUCGUCCCUGCCUUUGUCAUGCAAAUGCAACUGCAAUUGAUGAGCUAUCCUCUCCCUCCUCUCCCCUACCCCCAGGGGCAUCAAGGCGGACUUGGAGCAGGGCCCUCGCAACGUGGCAGAGCAGGCGGACGGGCAUUCCCUCCCUCUUUUCCCAAUGCCACUUUCGCGAUGCGCACUAUUCUUCCUUUUCCCCUCUCUCCCCCCCCAGGGGCAUCAAGGCGGACUUGGAGCAGGGCCCUCGCAACGUGGCGGAGCAGGCGGACGGGCAUUCCCUCCCUCUUUUCCCAAUGCCACUUUCGCGAUGCGCACUAUUCUUCCUUUUCCCCUCUCUCCCCCCCCAGGGGCAUCAAGGCGGACUUGGAGCAGGGCCCUCGCAACGUGGCGGAGCAGGCGGACGGGCAUUCCCUCCCUCUUUUCCCAAUGCCACUUUCGCGAUGCGCACUAUUCUUCCUUUUCCCCUCUCUCCCCCCCCAGGGGCAUCAAGGCGGACUUGGAGCAGGGCCCUCGCAACGUGGCGGAGCAGGCGGACGGGCAUUCCCUCCCUCUUUUCCCAAUGCCACUUUCGCGAUGCGCACUAUUCUUCCUUUUCCCCUCUCUCCCCCCCCAGGGGCAUCAAGGCGGACUUGGAGCAGGGCCCUCGCAACGUGGCGGAGCAGGCGGACGGGCAUUCCCUCCCUCUUUUCCCAAUGCCACUUUCGCGAUGCGCACUAUUCUUCCUUUUCCCCUCUCUCCCCCACCAGGGGCAUCAAGGCGGACUUGGAGCAGGGCCCUCGCAACGUGCCGGAGCAGGCGGACGGGCAUUCCCUCCCUCUUUUCCCAAUGCCACUUUCGCAAUGCGCACUAUUCUUCCUUUUCCCCUCUCUCCCCCCCCAGGGGCAUCAAGGCGGACUUGGAGCAGGGCCCUCGCAACGUGGCGGAGCAGGCGGACGGGCAUUCCCUCCCUCUUUUCCCAAUGCCACUUUCGCGAUGCGCACUAUUCUUCCUUUUCCCCUCUCUCCCCCCCCAGGGGCAUCAAGGCGGACUUGGAGCAGGGCCCUCGCAACGUGGUGGAGCAGGCGGACGGGCAUUCCCUCCCUCUUUUCCCAAUGCCACUUUCGCGAUGCGCACUAUUCUUCCUUUUCCCCUCUCUCCCCCCCAGGGGCAUCAAGGCGGACUUGGAGCAGGGCCCUCGCAACGUGGCAGAGCAGGCGGACGGGCAUUCCCUCCCUCUUUUCCCAAUGCCACUUUCGCGAUGCGCACUAUUCUUCCUUUUCCCCUCUCUCCCCCCCCAGGGGCAUCAAGGCGGACUUGGAGCAGGGCCCUCGCAACGUGGUGGAGCAGGCGGACGGGCAUUCCCUCCCUCUUUUCCCAAUGCCACUUUCGCGAUGCGCACUAUUCUUCCUUUUCCCCUCUCUCCCCCCCCAGGGGCAUCAAGGCGGACUUGCAGCAGGGCCCUCGCAACGUGGCGGAGCAGGCGGACGGGCAUUCCCUCCCUCUUUUCCCAAUGCCACUUUCGCGAUGCGCACGAUUCUUCCUUCUCCCCUCUCUCCCCCCCCAGGGGCAUCAAGGCGGACUUGGAGCAGGGCCCUCGCAACGUGGCGGAGCAGGCGGACGGGCAUUCCCUCCCUCUUUUCCCAAUGCCACUUUCGCGAUGCGCACUAUUCUUCCUUUUCCCCUCUCUCCCCCCCCAGGGGCAUCAAGGCGGACUUGGAGCAGGGCCCUCGCAACGUGGCGGAGCAGGCGGACGGGCAUUCCCUCCCUCUUUUCCCAAUGCCACUUUCGCGAUGCGCACUAUUCUUCCUUUUCCCCUCUCUCCCCCCCCAGGGGCAUCAAGGCGGAUUUGGAGCAGGGCCCUCGCAACGUGGCGGAGCAGGCGGACGGGCAUUCCCUCCCUCUUUUCCCAAUGCCACUUUCGCGAUGCGCACUAUUCUUCCUUUUCCCCUCUCUCCCCCCCCAGGGGCAUCAAGGCGGACUUGGAGCAGGGCCCUCACAACGUGGCGGAGCAGGCGGACGGGCAUUCCCUCCCUCUUUUCCCAAUGCCACUUUCGCGAUGCGCACUAUUCUUCCUUUUCCCCUCUCUCUCCCCCCAGGGGCAUCAAGGCGGACUUGGAGCAGGGCCCUCGCAACGUGGCGGAGCAGGCGGACGGGCAUUCCCUCCCUCUUUUCCCAAUGCCACUUUCGCGAUGCGCACUAUUCUUCCUUUUCCCCUCUCUCCCCCCCCAGGGGCAUCAAGGCGGACUUGGAGCAGGGCCCUCGCAACGUGGCGGAGCAGGCGGACGGGCAUUCCCUCCCUCUUUUCCCAAUGCCACUUUCGCGAUGCGCACUAUUCUUCCUUUUCCCCUCUCUCCCCCCCCAGGGGCAUCAAGGCGGAUUUGGAGCAGGGCCCUCGCAACGUGGCGGAGCAGGCAGACAGACACUCUCGAGGGGUGUUCUGCCACUUGGACUGGGUAACGCCUGAGGAGGAGUGGACGUUUUUCUGUCGGCGCACACAGGAGGAGAUGGCGGAGAAAACCUUCAUGAUCUACAUCCUCCUGCCGGCCAAUUACCUCUGGGACCACAUUGCGCGCACCUUUCACAACCGUUCAUCCCUGCCAUCCCCCUUUCUCUCUCCUCCCCUCCAACCCCCCUGCAAUCACCCCACCAGCUACAUCCUCUUGCCAGCCAAUUACCUCUGGGAUCGCGUUGUGAGGGCCUUCCACGGCCACAUGGAGCAUCAAGACGUGCUGGUGGGGCUGCAGGUGCGUCCGGUGGAAGAGACCCCAGAGGACAUCUUUGACCGUGUGCUGACGUGUCUCAUCAGCACGCAGUACCUGCCAGCUGUCAUCCCGCCCGACCAAUGGCAGGCCAUGGCUGAUGAUGUGGACGACGAGGGGUUGAGGGGAGCGCGAGGGCAGUCAAUCGGCGUGUUCGUGGCGUCUCUCAACGGCACCCAUGCUGCUCGCCUUGCUGCCCUCUACUCCCAAGGCAAACCGCAAUCAGCCCACACUGUCACCUUCCACAGCGAGUCCCAUGACGCAGCGGAGAGGCAGGACGACAGGCAGCAGUACGCAUCAGCGCUGGUUGAGAUGUUCCUCCUCUCCUUCUCUCACCGCCUUGUUGUCUCUGACUACUCGACCUUUGGGUAUGCCGCCGCUGCUUUCCCGAAACGUCAGAGCCACCCCUUCUCCUUGACUUUCUGCAGGUACACGGCAGCUGCGCUGGGUGCACUGGACCCAUGGUCUCUCAACAUCGUGAAGCGUGGAGAGGCGGAUUGGCGCUCCAACAACCGCCCCGUUUGCCAGAGGACCGAGUCCCAGCCCUGCUCCCUCUCCAUCCGACCAAAGUUCACGGUGAGGCCUCUUUUCUUCCCCCCUCUCGUUCUCUUCCUCCCUUCUCGUUCUCUAAAACACAUUCUGUGCUGA